AUGGUUGGAUCAUCGCCAUAUUGGAUUGGACUACAUAAAUUUGGUGAGCAAUGGAUAUGGGAAGAUGGAUCGCCGUUUUUAUUCGCAAAUUGGCGAUCUAAUCAACCAGAUAAUUGUUGCGGUGCAGAUGUUACUUGCACGAUUGUCAAUUAUCGCGCUAACAAUGGUCAGUGGGACGACGCUGGUUGUGUAAACGUGUGGAAAAAUCCAACGAGUUUUGUUUGUAAAAAAAGUUUUUAUAAUAUGCAAUGA